AUGGGAGAAGAUAUACAGCACAGCAACGAAAAUAAGAAGCGUCAACGUAAGAAACGCAAGAAUUUCAUAUCAAACGCCAAGAAAUACGCUAAGAAGGGACAACUCGGCCGUGGUACCCAAAUUCCGGAGGAGUUAUACCAGUAUUUUGUUGGUAUAUUAGAUGUGAUAAAAGAAGGUAUUCAAGAUCCAGAUGAGAGAGAGGCCCUAGUUAAAAAUGUACUAGAACGUACAAAAGGUGAAGAAUUAAAUGUUGUUGGAAACCAACUAGGAUGUCGCCUUGUAGAGUUGCUGUUACCCUACUCCUCACCCGAUGACCUUGAGAGAUUCAUAGAAAUAUUAUCUCCAGAACUACGACGUCUUUGUGCUGAUAACUUUUCCAGUCAUGUCAUCGAAACUUUAUUACGAGUAUCGUGCUUCAGAGCCACAGAACACUUACAAAUAUCUGAAGAGCCAGCAGCAAAGAAAAAGAAAAAAGAUAUUGGCUUUUCUGAGGAACAUUUAAAAGCGUGUCAUGAGUUUACGAUCAAAUUGUGUAAAUAUGCUCUUAACAAUUUAGAAGAUUUUGUCUGGGAUCCUUAUGCAAAUCAUAUCUUGCGUAGUGUGUUGAAAUGCUUGAGUGGCAUCACUUUAUUACCUGGUGAGAAGCCGAAGGUUAAUUUAUUUAAGGAAACAGUGCAAGACAAGAAAGGUAUACCACCACACUUAACAAGUAUGGAAUACAAGAUUGUUCCUGAUGAAUUUAAGGAGAUAGUUGUAGAGUUUGCUAACAGAUUAUCAUCUUGGCCGCAGUUCAAAGAUAUGCCAUAUGAAAACUUGACUUCUGGCUUGUUACAAGUAUUACUGUAUGCUGUGAAGAAUGUAGAUAAGAAAUUAACAAAGGACUUAGUCAAUAAGAUGAUGGAUGAGAGUUUUGUGCCUGAGGGAUGGGUGGGCAAAAGUGUGGAUGAGAAAAAAGAGGAGAAAGACAUAGAAACUGAGCAGGAGGUUGAGGGAAACAGCUUACCACCUGUUUUUGAAUCUGAAGCAGCUGUUAGGUUAUUAGAAGCUGCACUGUUUGUGGUAAAAAAGAAGACAUACACACAAAUAUAUGCCCGUUGCUUCAUAAAUCGUUUGUCUCAGCUAGCUGCAAUGCCUAUGCUCAACUUCACUGUGCAACGUCUUAUUGACAAUUGUCAAAUAAAAGAAGAGUUUGAACCAAUGUUUGAUGAAUUGUCAAUCAAAUUUGACACUUUGUUGGCUUGUGGAAACACUGGAGUGCUUGUUGCACUUGCUAAAGCGUGCUUGAGGAUUGAAGCAAGGCAGUCACAGUUUGUGCAGACUCUAGAAAAAUCACUCAACUGCUCUGAGGGUGAGAAUCAAAAGCACUUUGCUAUACAGUGUCUUCGUCUGGCUCCGCUUGGUGGUAAUAUUUCUGCUUCAACAGAGGGAUUCUUCAUUCACAUACACGGUUCUGUGAUUGUUCAGACUAUGCUGGACUUCCAGCGACCAACAAAAACCGUCCAGAGCAUACUAGAACAACAGCCGGAGACUCUUCUGUAUAUAUUUAGUGAAGCGAAAGGGUGCCAUGUGGCGGAUGCUCUCUUUAAGGGGAGGUUUGUGGGCGUAAAAGCACGGGACAAGCUUAUAUGGAAACUUAAGGGUUGUUUCCAAACGUUAGCCAUGUCGCAAUAUGGUUCGAGGGCUUUCGAGAAAAUCUACGAAGCGGCUUCAAACGAACAGAAAGUCAAAAUAAUGGCGGAAUUGUCAGAUAAGAGCAAUCUUCUGAACAGCACCAACUAUGGCCGUUUGAUAGCGACGAAGCUAGAUGUCGCUGCUUUCAAAUUGUCUCAGAGCAAGUGGGAGCAAAAAUAUUUAAAGAAAAACGAUAAAAAAUCUGAUUAA